AUGACUUAUGGCGAGAAAGCAGAAGAGCACUCGAAUAGAAGCCCCGGGGUGGCAGCCUACCAAGCCAACUUUAUUCGAGGUGGACUGGUCUUCACGAUGCACCAUCACCACUACGCCAACGAUGUCAUGGGAUGGGCGGGUCUCAACCAGCUGGCCGAGAACUGCUAUGCCAUCGUCCACCAGACGUCUUUCCCGCUAUGGAAACCUGCGUGCCUGGACGUAUCCCGUCUGGCCAAGGCGGAAGUCCCCGAGGAAUUGAAGGUGGAUGGCCCUGUGGCGUGGUAG